CGCUCCCGCGCGCCUGCGCGCCGCCGCCACCGGAGGCGGAAGCGCGGCGGGCGGGACGGGCAGCGCCGGUCGCCGCCAUGAGCUUCCUCAUCGACUCCAGCAUCAUGUUCACCUCGCAGGUGCUGUUCUUUGGAUUUGGGUGGCUCUUUUUCAUGAGAAAGCUCUUCAAGGAUUAUGAGGUGAGACAGUAUGUGGUCCAGGUGAUUUUCUCUGUGACUUUUGCCUUCUCUUGUACCAUGUUUGAGCUCAUCAUCUUUGAGAUUUUGGGAGUGCUGAACAGCAGCUCUCGAUACUUUCACUGGAAGCUGAACCUGUGUGUCAUUUUGCUCAUCCUGGUCUUCAUGGUGCCCUUCUACAUUGGUUACUUUGUUGUGAGCAAUAUCAGAUUAUUGCACAGACAGAAACUGCUUUUUGCAUGUGUUGUGUGGUUGACAUUCAUGUAUUUCUUCUGGAAGCUGGGGGAUCCGUUUCCUAUCCUCAGCCCAAAACAUGGAAUCCUGUCUAUAGAACAGCUCAUCAGCCGUGUUGGUGUGAUUGGGGUGACACUCAUGGCUUUGCUGUCAGGAUUUGGGGCUGUCAACUGUCCAUACACUUACAUGUCCUACUUUCUCAGGAAUGUGACAGAUGCAGAUAUUUUGGCCCUGGAGCGACGGCUCCUCCAGACUAUGGACAUGAUUGUUAGCAAGAAAAAAAGGAUAGCAGUGGCUCACAGGACAAUGUUCCAGAGAGGAGAAGUGCAUAACAGACCCACUGGCUUCUGGGGAAUGAUAAAAAGUGUUACAACAUCUGUUCCUGGCAGUGAAAAUCUGUCCCUUAUCCAGCAAGAAGUGGAUGCCCUGGAAGAAUUGAGUCGGCAGCUUUUUCUGGAAACUGCUGACUUGCAUGCAACAAAGGAGAGAAUAGAGUAUUCCAAAACUUUUCAGGGAAAAUACUUCAACUUUUUGGGUUAUUUUUUCUCCAUCUAUUGUGUCUGGAAAAUCUUCAUGGCAACCAUCAAUAUUGUAUUUGAUCGUGUGGGGAAGACUGAUCCAGUCACAAGAGGAAUUGAGAUCACUGUAAAUUACCUGGGAAUCCAGUUUGAUGUCAAAUUCUGGUCUCAGCACAUUUCCUUUAUUCUUGUUGGAAUAAUCAUUGUUACCUCUAUUAGAGGGUUGUUAAUCACACUUACAAAGUUCUUCUAUGCCAUUUCCAGCAGCAAGUCCUCCAAUGUUAUUGUUCUGCUGUUAGCACAGAUAAUGGGAAUGUACUUUGUGUCAUCAGUGCUCCUGAUCCGCAUGAGCAUGCCUCCGGAAUACCGCACCAUUAUCACAGAGGUCCUGGGAGAGCUCCAGUUCAACUUCUACCACCGCUGGUUUGAUGUCAUAUUCCUAGUUAGUGCCCUCUCCAGUAUCCUCUUUCUCUAUUUAGCACACAAACAAGCCCCAGAAAAGCAUAUGGCCCUCUGAGGCAGAGCUGCAGCCAUGCACUGCUCUCUGUCUUGUCACAGCUGCACUGCUGCAGCUCCUGUGGAUUGCAGAACUCGGAGAGACAGGACUGCUGUGUGUGUUCUGGCAGUGUAACUGCAAAUCUUGAAGAGACAGGACUACUCUGUGUGUUCUGGCUCCUUGAACCUUCACACAUGUCAUCAUCCAGCUCUGUGGCUCAUUUUGUUCAGUGCCACAGCUGGAAGGGACGGGGGUGUGUAUAUUAAACUUGAAUCAGUUCACUGCCAGGCAGUAAAAGCAAUCCGGGGUACACCACUAUCCAGGGGCAUCAGAACUUGUGGUGGGCUGGCUGAGGGAACACCUCCUGCUGUUGGAACGUCAUCUUCACAGAAGGCACCAAGAAAUGUGAUUUUUCUUUUGAAAAUCAAUUUAUAAUUGGGAUUUGGAGAACGGCACUUCUGGAAUUGAAUGUUUGAGUCUGUGGAAUUAAAUAAGCUUUUGUAAUAUGAAAGUAUCACAGUUGUUUUUUGUCAGUCCCAAAGAUUUGGCUGGAUUUGAGCCAGAAGGUGGCUAGGAUUUGCUGUUUGGCAGAAGUGGAGUGGAGAGAACUCCAUUUCUGUAUGUAGUGUGUAUCACUAGUUCCCACUGUCCUUAGGAACUGGAGAUUUGCUUUCUCUUACGGAGUGUCAACUUUCUUUUCUCUCUCUGCGUAAGUGGAACUGAGGUUUUUGGUUCUUCUUUGCUAGAGUUCAGUGUUAAGUCAAAGACCACUGCCAUGCCUUGUUUACAUUGUAUGUUACAGAUUUUAUUCCUGUGACCUAAACUUUUAGGUUCCCAUGGCCACUUUCUGAGGCUUUGUUUUAUAAUUGUUCUGGAAUGUAAAUUGUAGGUGGUGAGAAUAAGACUUGGAGGGGGAAAAUAACUGCUCUAAACAAUUUAUUUCUGUAUUGUCUUUGGUGUAUAGCAAGGAGGCAAGGUACACAACAGCAGUAUUACAGAACUAUUUAUGACAUAUUUAAGACAACAUGGUGGUGACUUGAGGUUUGACAAGUGUGCAUGACUGAAUUACAUUCACUGUUUUAAUCCACAGCUGUAUGCAGAGGAGACAGAGUAGUGAUUAAAUGUCUUGAGUUGUGAAUUACAAAGUUAGUUUAAUAUUUAAAAGAAAUUUCUGCAAUGUGAGCAGGAAAAAGGAUCAUAAUGCACAGAGUACCUGGGCUGCCAUUUUAGAGCAGCUGUACUGCUGAUAAGCAAAGAGAUGCCACAGAGAUUGAGGUGAUGGACUUGGAUUAGGGGGAGAGCUGCCUUUCCUGGGGGAUGGGCAGAAAUCAAUUGGUCUUUAUUAAGAGCUUAUCCAUAACAGACUAAGAUGCUUAUGAAUCUAUAAAACAUUUCCAGCUUCUGCUGCAGGACACUUAAUUAUAAAAUUGCAGUUCUUUAAGCCUUUUCAGAAGUGACUGAGUGCCCACUUCACAAGGCAGAAAUUGUGCCAGUGGAGCACAAUUGCAGAGUGUUAAAUGGAUGCAAGCUACACCGAAGUGUUUAUUGCAUCAAGAGUUUGCAGUCCUUUAUCGCUCUGGCACUGCUUGGAGCAGCCAAGUUCUGAGAGGUGGAACAGCAAAGAAGAACUGAAGAAAAGAUUAGGCAGGUUUCUUUCUUGCUGUUGGCAUGGUUUUGUCUCCUCACAACUUUGUGUCAUCACUGUUAUCAUCGUCAGCUCUUGUGGAGGCAGCUGAUUGUGAGGAGGAAGAUGAGUCUGCCUGCAGAGAAGUAACAAAGACAUUGUGAUUAUUUCCAAUUUGUAAACAUGUUUGAUAGUCUGCACUGUUGCAGACUCCUGUUUUCAUCUGCACAAAUCACACACUUGUUUAGAUGGCAGAAUGAACCAACAAAUACCAUUAUUGUUGAAGGGUUUUUUUGGUUAAGUACAUUUUGAGAGAAAUUUGUUCAGUAGAGGGUUUCUAUUGUUGAAUUCCCAGAUCUGCUCAAUUUGAACACAAGUUAGUAGUGCUAACUUCUGCAAAAUGCAGCUUGGGGACCAAGACAUUCUUGAAAAAACUUCCAGACAAGGCUAAUAAAAAAUAAAUGGGAAACACUAUUGGUCUUACCUUUGUAAGGUAAGGUCUGUCUCUUUUUAAUGAUCAGAAAAUAAGCAUUUUAAUAGUUAAGGCUGACCACACAGAGGGUUAAAAGUGUUUCAAGAAGUAAUACUUUCUUGCUUUUCUGACGUUAGUCAUGCUUCAGAUUCUUUCUAGCGGCAUGAAGUGAGUAAAAUAAUUUCAAAUCACAUUGCCUGGAAAAUGUCAUCAUAACCUAUCAGUUGCUAUUCCUUCUUCAAAGUGAUCAAUUUUGAAAUAUUUCAUGUGGUUUUCACAAAUAUUGUUUAUGUUUUUUGUGUAUUUAAGCAUUUUCCCUCCACUUCCACAAUUGUAUUGCCUGUUUUCCAUCAUUGGGUUACUCUAUUUGGAUUAUCCUGUUCCAUAAAAUCUCUUGUACGUGCAUUCUUUGUGUGAUUUAAUCUUGCAUUAAAGAUACUCACCUGUA